GGAUCAUUCAAGGAAGGCGAGGAGAGUGCGCACCGUCAUGAAGUUGGGAAUUCCGAGCUCUCUUGUCAUCCUUGUGGUGAUAGCUUCAACGAAUUGCCAAUUUCCCGACUUACAUGUUCAAUGGCCAAGAAGGGGAAAAUUUACAAUAAAGUAUGGCUGCCCAGAAACUCCCAGAACAGAAGUGCUGGCGCAGAGAUACCCAGACUGCCUUUAUUACUGCAAAGACGAAAGUGGUGACUGGAUGUAUGGAUUUUAUAUUCCCGCGACAAACUGCAGUUAUGGCCCCGACAAACGUCCAGGUUCCUGCUUUUUCGGCUCGUGCUACCUGAUUAUGAAAACAGCCACCGACGUCACAUCACCAAAGCGUACACAAGUAUCGACAGUAGAAAGUGGAACCACUCCCACACCUCAAGCAGAAACUGAAACCACCCUCUCACCGCCAGUAAGAAAUGGAACUACUGCCACAUCCCUUGUGGAAAAUUGA